UAAUACGAUAAAAUGUUUAAAAAAUUAAACGCCAUGGAUGCUGAAUUAAAAGAACUGGCUAUAGCACUUUACGAAAUAGAUGCGCUAAAAUUUGGAGACUUUGUAACCAAAGUUGGUUUAAAAACGUCAAUAUAUUUCGAUUUAAGGGUGUUAAUCUCGCAUCCAAAAAUUAUGGCUCGCUUAGCUAAAAUACUAUGGAUAUUUGCAGAAGAAUGUUCGAAUAUAGUACAAAUCUGUGGUGUGCCUUAUACAGCUUUACCAUUAGCAACUUUAAUUUCUGUGAACACUAAUGUGCCUAUGUUAAUCAAACGAAAAGAAAUAAAAACAUAUGGUACAAAGAAGAUUAUAGAAGGUAACUUUAAAAAAGGAGAUCGUUGUGUAAUUAUUGAAGACGUGGUCACAAGUGGUAGUAGCAUUUUAGAAACUGCAAAUGUUUUAAGAAAUGAAGGUUUAAAAGUGACAGAUACAUUUGUGGUAAUUGACAGAGAACAAGGUGGUCAAAGAAAUAUAGAAAAUCAUGGAAUUAGAAUGUGGAGUCUGUUUACGACUACUAGACUUAUGGCAUAUCUCCUUGAAGCUAAUAAAAUUACUCCAAAAAUUGUUAAGGAAGUAACUGACUACUUACUAAAGUGUCAAGCACCAGUUAUUCCUGUUCAAGGAAAACGAUUGAAGACUCCAUUUCAUGUUCGUGCCACUAAGACUAAAAAUGAAAUUGCAUCCAAGUUGUUUAAUUUAAUGGAAACAAAACAAUCUACAAUAUGCUUAGCAGUAGAUUUGACUAAAGCAGAUGACAUUAUAGCAAUAGCUGAUUUAACAGGACCGCACAUUGUAUUACUCAAAACACAUGUAGAUAUAGUAGAAGAUUUUAAUGAUGAUUUUAUUAAGCGUUUAAAAGAGUUAGCUAAAAAGCAUAACUUUUUAUUGAUGGAAGAUAGGAAAUUUGCUGAUAUCGGAAAUACGGUAUCUUUACAGUAUGAGAAAGGCAUUUAUAAAAUAGCGAAAUGGGCAGAUAUCGUUACAGUACAUGCAGUCGCAGGUCAAAGUAUCUUAGACGGUUUACAGAAUGGUUUAAAAAACAUAAGUGAACCUCGUGGUUUUUUUGUGAUAGCAGAAAUGUCUUCUAAAGGAGCUUUGACCGUCAAUGAAUACACGCUUUGCGCUACAUCUAUUGCACAAAAUUCAGAUAUGGUAAUUGGUAUCGUUUGUCAAUCGAAUAUUUUCUCGAAUUUGGGUCUGAUACAAUUGACACCUGGUGUAAAGCUGUCACAAGGUUCUGACGAUUUAGGGCAGCAAUACAAUACUCCAAAAUCUGUUGUAAAUUCUGGAGCUGAUAUAGUUGUAGUUGGUAGAGGUAUUACUGAUGCAGAAGAUAAACUGGCUGCCACAUUAGAAUACAAAAAAGAACUUUGGACUGCUUACCAGAACCGAUUACCGAGUCAAUAACAUUUUAAUUAUCGUUUAACAAAUAAGUAUUAGA